AUGACUGCGUAUGGGCACUGGGCAGGGGAGUCCAUAGAAUGUCUCAGCAUAGCCAUACAACUGAAAAAAGAAGAAACAGUAGAUCAAUACGGGAAUGUGGCGUACAGAGUAGGCUUCAAGAUUGGAGGAGGCAUCGAUCAGGAUCCAUCGUGUGCUCCAUUCAAGUACCCUGAUCAGGGAAUAUAUAUCACACAUAUAGAUGAGGACUCACCGGCUGCUAGGGCAGGUCUCAGAAAACACGACAAAAUCCUUCAGGUGAACAGUCACGACUUCACUCUUUUAACUCAUGAACGGGCUGUGAAGUACAUUAAGAAGUACGCAGUGUUGGAUAUGCUUGUCGCCCGUGCCGAGCUGCCAGCCCUGCACUGA